AAGCCACGGGAUCAAAAUUAGGGUUUGCUUAGAAAAAAAAGCUUAUAAGACGACCUAGCCUAACCCCUUAGCUGCUAAAAUUAUCCGAGAACGUUCGUAUUAAUCGGAGAUCGACGACUUGGUACUAUCAACGAUGAACACUUGCACAUCAUCAAACACUGCUCCCAUGCCACCAACGAGUGAUCCAUUGAAGUUGUUCAUGGAAGACAUUGAAAAAUCUCAAACAUUAACACUUCAUGGAAAAUGCGUCAAGAUCCAUGUAUAUCUUGCCUCUCUCAAGGAGGAGAUGAGUAAGAUCAAGGAUCUCGGACUUCCUAACUCCAAACAACUCUUAGAUCAUGCUAUCAAGACUCUUGAGGUGGAACAUGGUAGAUUUUCAGAAAAACUAAAGGAUAGUACGAAUCAAACAGGAGUUAUAGAUGUGGACGUAUUUCCGGAAGAGAUAAGAGUCUCUCAGAAUCCAAGCCUAAACCCAACUAACACUGUGCUACGAGCACAGCCAAUAUCGAUGCAAAGUAAACAAGGAACAUUGCAUCACGGAUUGGCGCAACAAGGAUCACUGCAACAACAUCGAGAAUUACUGCAACACUUAGGGCAACAAGUAUUCGGGAAACAAGGAUGAGAGUAUAGUUUUUGAAAAAAAAAAAAAAAAAAUUUUAAUUAAGUGCCCUUUUGAAGAUUUUCAUUUACUCUUAGGUUUUUCUAUGUUUUGAUAUUUUAUUUCUCUC